UAUCUGUGCUUGCUUACAUGGCAACAUUUUUAACAUGGCCGCAUGUUGAACGAAACGAUUUUCUUUACUGUUUGCCAAAAAUAAAUAACACUGCUGUAAAUUGUGUGCGGAUCUAUGUCGAACGCAUAGCUGGGGAAUAAAUUAGUACGUGGGGCUCAAUACCGUGUUUGGCGAAGAUGAUGCAUCACCCGAACAUGCAUCACCAGCCGAUGUCUGGGCACCCUCCGCAGCACAUGGGCGGGCACCAGGGCAUGCCCGGCCAUCAUCAGAUGCAGCCGCACCAGUUACACAGAGAGAACAGGCACGUAACGCUAACUAGGGUGCCGCUGGGCCCGUCGGGCGGCGGCAUGGGCGGGCACGGGCAGCUAGGCAUGGGCGCCAUGGUGCCUCCGCACCACGCGCCUGCGCAGCGCCCCCCGCACCCCAUCCGCGCUAUGCCGCACCAUCCGCAGCAGCACCACUCUAUGCCGCCGCAACCAAUGAAGCAGAUGCGCCGCGGGUACGGCGUAGGCUACGGGCCGGCGGGCGUCGUGCCGGCCUACGCGCACCCGCCGCUGCAGCCGCCUGCACCGCUCCCCAUCCCCGCAGCGACACCAGCCGUCACCAAAGAGCCGGCGCCGACGACGGUGGAGCCGCCGGAGGAGAGCGCGGAGCCGGCGGAGGAGUCGCGGGCGGCGGGCGACGAGGCGCGCUCGCCGCCCGCCGCGGCCAACAGUAAAGAGAAGACCCCCAUGUGCCUGGUCAACGAGCUGGCCAGGUACAACAAGAUUAAGCACCAAUACCGCCUCACAUCAGAAACGGGACCGGCUCACAAAAAAGUAUUCACAGUAACACUCCGACUGGGUGAUACUGAAGAAUACACAGCUGAGGGUUCUUCGAUAAAACGAGCACAACAUUCAGCGGCCAGCGCGGCGCUGUCGGCCACGCACUUCCCGCCGCCGCCGCCGCGAGCGCCGCCCGCGCACGCGCCCAUGCCGCACCACCGGCACUCGGCAGGUGCAGUAAUGCCGACGGUGGAGCUAAACGCCCUCGCCAUGAAGCUGUGCCAGCCGGCCAUCUACACGUCCAUCCCGGCCGUGGCGGCGCCCCCGCGCGCGCGCAGCCGCCCCGCCUACCGCGUGCCGCCCUUCGUGCCCAACGUGUACCAGCGCAUGCUCAGCCCCGGCCUCGUGUACCGCGUGCGGGUCACGGUGGGAGACAGGGCGUGGCUGGGCGAGGGCGCGACGCCGCAGGGCGCGCGGCACGACGCGGCGGCGCGCGCGCUGCACGACCUGCGCCCCGCGCCCGACGCGCCGGCGCCACCUGCGCAGGCGCCUGCACCGACCAACGGUGACGCAGCGUCAGAUAUCAUGAAUUCUGAAGUGAAGUCGCCGGUUUCAUUAGUACAUGAACUAGCUUUGAAACGAAAUCUCACAGUUCAGUUCACAGUGAAGUCAGAACGAGGACCACCACAUAUGAGGGUGUUCAUUACGGUGUGCACGGUGGGCGAGAUGGAGACGGAGGGCGAGGGCAACGGCAAGAAGGUGUCGAAGCGUCGCGCGGCCGAGCGCAUGCUGGAGGAGAUGCGCCGGCGCUGGCCGCCCGCGCUGCUGCGCGCGCGCACGCAGGAGCGCCGCCGCCCGCCGCCCGCCAAGAAGAAGCCCAGGAACCUGAUCAAGGAGGGCAGCGGCGUGGCGGCCGAGGCGGGCGGGGGCGGCGCCGACAACCCCAUCUCGCUGCUGGCGCAGGCGCGGCACGCGGCCCGCGCGCGCUCCCCGCAGUACCGCGUGCUGGAGGAGCGCGGCGCGGCGCGGCGGAGGGAGUUCCUGGUGCAGUGCGACGCGCCGCCGCACCGCGCCACCGGCCUGGGGCCCAACAAGAAGACGGCCAAGCGCCGCGCCGCCCACAGUCAGUAUACACCACACCGUACAUCAUGCACCACCUACACCUACACAGUACCCCGCUCCGCUCCCCGCAGUACCGCGUGCUGGAGGAGCGCGGCGCGGCGCGGCGGAGGGAGUUCCUGGUGCAGUGCGACGCGCCGCCGCACCGCGCCACCGGCCUGGGGCCCAACAAGAAGACGGCCAAGCGCCGCGCCGCCCACAGUCAGUAUACACCACACCGUACAUCAUGCACCACCUACACCUACACAGUACCCCGCUCCGCUCCCCGCAGUACCGCGUGCUGGAGGAGCGCGGCGCGGCGCGGCGGAGGGAGUUCCUGGUGCAGUGCGACGCGCCGCCGCACCGCGCCACCGGCCUGGGGCCCAACAAGAAGACGGCCAAGCGCCGCGCCGCCCACAGUCAGUAUACACCACACCGUACAUCAUGCACCACCUACACCUACACAGUACCCCGCUCCGCUCCCCGCAGUACCGCGUGCUGGAGGAGCGCGGCGCGGCGCGGCGGAGGGAGUUCCUGGUGCAGUGCGACGCGCCGCCGCACCGCGCCACCGGCCUGGGGCCCAACAAGAAGACGGCCAAGCGCCGCGCCGCCCACAGUCAGUAUACACCACACCGUACAUCAUGCACCACCUACACCUACACAGUACCCCGCUCCGCUCCCCGCAGUACCGCGUGCUGGAGGAGCGCGGCGCGGCGCGGCGGAGGGAGUUCCUGGUGCAGUGCGACGCGCCGCCGCACCGCGCCACCGGCCUGGGGCCCAACAAGAAGACGGCCAAGCGCCGCGCCGCCCACAGUCAGUAUACACCACACCGUACAUCAUGCACCACCUACACCUACACAGUACCCCGCUCCGCUCCCCGCAGUACCGCGUGCUGGAGGAGCGCGGCGCGGCGCGGCGGAGGGAGUUCCUGGUGCAGUGCGACGCGCCGCCGCACCGCGCCACCGGCCUGGGGCCCAACAAGAAGACGGCCAAGCGCCGCGCCGCCCACAGUCAGUAUACACCACACCGUACAUCAUGCACCACCUACACCUACACAGUACCCCGCUCCGCUCCCCGCAGUACCGCGUGCUGGAGGAGCGCGGCGCGGCGCGGCGGAGGGAGUUCCUGGUGCAGUGCGACGCGCCGCCGCACCGCGCCACCGGCCUGGGGCCCAACAAGAAGACGGCCAAGCGCCGCGCCUACCGCGUGCUGGAGGAGCGCGGCGCGGCGCGGCGGAGGGAGUUCCUGGUGCAGUGCGACGCGCCGCCGCACCGCGCCACCGGCCUGGGGCCCAACAAGAAGACGGCCAAGCGCCGCGCCGCCCACAGUCAUACCCCGCUCCGCUCCCCGCAGUACCGCGUGCUGGAGGAGCGCGGCGCGGCGCGGCGGAGGGAGUUCCUGGUGCAGUGCGACGCGCCGCCGCACCGCGCCACCGGCCUGGGGCCCAACAAGAAGACGGCCAAGCGCCGCGCCGCCCACAGUCAUACCCCGCUCCGCUCCCCGCAGUACCGCGUGCUGGAGGAGCGCGGCGCGGCGCGGCGGAGGGAGUUCCUGGUGCAGUGCGACGCGCCGCCGCACCGCGCCACCGGCCUGGGGCCCAACAAGAAGACGGCCAAGCGCCGCGCCGCCCACAGUCAUACCCCGCUCCGCUCCCCGCAGUACCGCGUGCUGGAGGAGCGCGGCGCGGCGCGGCGGAGGGAGUUCCUGGUGCAGUGCGACGCGCCGCCGCACCGCGCCACCGGCCUGGGGCCCAACAAGAAGACGGCCAAGCGCCGCGCCGCCCACAGUCAUACCCCGCUCCGCUCCCCGCAGUACCGCGUGCUGGAGGAGCGCGGCGCGGCGCGGCGGAGGGAGUUCCUGGUGCAGUGCGACGCGCCGCCGCACCGCGCCACCGGCCUGGGGCCCAACAAGAAGACGGCCAAGCGCCGCGCCGCCCACAGUCAUACCCCGCUCCGCUCCCCGCAGUACCGCGUGCUGGAGGAGCGCGGCGCGGCGCGGCGGAGGGAGUUCCUGGUGCAGUGCGACGCGCCGCCGCACCGCGCCACCGGCCUGGGGCCCAACAAGAAGACGGCCAAGCGCCGCGCCGCCCACAGUCAUACCCCGCUCCGCUCCCCGCAGUACCGCGUGCUGGAGGAGCGCGGCGCGGCGCGGCGGAGGGAGUUCCUGGUGCAGUGCGACGCGCCGCCGCACCGCGCCACCGGCCUGGGGCCCAACAAGAAGACGGCCAAGCGCCGCGCCGCCCACAGUCAUACCCCGCUCCGCUCCCCGCAGUACCGCGUGCUGGAGGAGCGCGGCGCGGCGCGGCGGAGGGAGUUCCUGGUGCAGUGCGACGCGCCGCCGCACCGCGCCACCGGCCUGGGGCCCAACAAGAAGACGGCCAAGCGCCGCGCCGCCCACAGUCAUACCCCGCUCCGCUCCCCGCAGUACCGCGUGCUGGAGGAGCGCGGCGCGGCGCGGCGGAGGGAGUUCCUGGUGCAGUGCGACGCGCCGCCGCACCGCGCCACCGGCCUGGGGCCCAACAAGAAGACGGCCAAUACCCCGCUCCGCUCCCCGCAGUACCGCGUGCUGGAGGAGCGCGGCGCGGCGCGGCGGAGGGAGUUCCUGGUGCAGUGCGACGCGCCGCCGCACCGCGCCACCGGCCUGGGGCCCAACAAGAAGACGGCCAAGCGCCGCGCCGCCCACAGUCAGUAUACACCACACCGUACAUCAUGCACCACCUACACCUACACAGUACCCCGCUCCGCUCCCCGCAGUACCGCGUGCUGGAGGAGCGCGGCGCGGCGCGGCGGAGGGAGUUCCUGGUGCAGUGCGACGCGCCGCCGCACCGCGCCACCGGCCUGGGGCCCAACAAGAAGACGGCCAAGCGCCGCGCCGCCCACAGUCAGUAUACACCACACCGUACAUCAUGCACCACCUACACCUACACAGUACCCCGCUCCGCUCCCCGCAGUACCGCGUGCUGGAGGAGCGCGGCGCGGCGCGGCGGAGGGAGUUCCUGGUGCAGUGCGACGCGCCGCCGCACCGCGCCACCGGCCUGGGGCCCAACAAGAAGACGGCCAAGCGCCGCGCCGCCCACAGUCAGUAUACACCACACCGUACAUCAUGCACCACCUACACCUACACAGUACCCCGCUCCGCUCCCCGCAGUACCGCGUGCUGGAGGAGCGCGGCGCGGCGCGGCGGAGGGAGUUCCUGGUGCAGUGCGACGCGCCGCCGCACCGCGCCACCGGCCUGGGGCCCAACAAGAAGACGGCCAAGCGCCGCGCCGCCCACAACGUUUUGCUAGCGAUGGAAAUGAAUGGCGGGGCGGAGGGCGUGACGAAUGCGACGCUAACAGACGCGAAUACGAAUGGUGCCACUGAUACGAGUUGUACGAAUGGCGAUGCCAAACGAAAAGAGUCCCCGAGCGCGGGCGCGGGCGACGCGCGGCAGCCGGUGCCGGGCGUGCUGCUCAUGGACUACCGCACUCCACACUCCACCAAUGGUGUGAGUGAAACAGGUACCACGGGUACGAGCAACAGCAGUCCGGGUGCAAAGGAGCAGCUCAUGUAUCUGUCGCAGCUACUUGGCUUUACUGUGCAGUUCUCCGAUUUCCCCAAGCGCAACCACGGCGAGUACCUGUCUCUCGUGUCCCUGUCGACGGAGCCGCCGGUGAUGUGCCACGGCGGCGGGCCGUCCACGCAGCACUCGCACGAGCAGUGCGCACGCGCCGCGCUCCGGGCCCUGGCGCUCAUGGGGCUCGACGCGCCGCCGCAGCCUGCCCCGUGAGUACUGUCCCUAGUGUCCCUGGCGACGGAGCCGCCGGUGAUGUGCCACGGCGGCGGGCCGUCCACGCAGCACUCGCACGAGCAGUGCGCACGCGCCGCGCUCCGGGCCCUGGCGCUCAUGGGGCUCGACGCGCCGCCGCAGCCUGCCCCGUGA